CUUGGAUUGUAGCAGCAAUGCACUAUUCUGUGAGGAGGACUUUGUAGAGCGUCACAAGAAUGCUGCAUUUCAUAGUCCAGAAAUAUGGAAUGGAUAUUGUUUUGUGCCAUAUGCAGCCAACUUGCCUGUUUUUGUGCAUAGCAAUCACAAGGUACCAUCUUGUGCAAAACGUACAAGGGAAAUCACUGUGAUUGGAAUGAGAGGUGGCCCACAGCUGUUUACUUUUGAAUUCUGCUCAUGUGAGAGUGACACAGUCACACUACUACGCCAUCGCCUUUGGGGUUCUUCCCCAGAAAUACCAUCUGUGGCAUUUAAACUGGAUGUCAUGGAGUGGUUGCGUGCAUUAGUGCUUGAAUGCCAGGUGUCAGUUAAGGGCUUUGUCGAUGCAUUGGCAACCCGACUUAGCAAGAUAGAGAGCAUGAGCAGCAAGAAGGUUAAUGGAGUAUAUCAGGCCCUAGUAACUGAUGCAUUUACAAAGUACAUGCACCAUGAAUACCAGUUGCAGCAGCUGCAACACAUUGAUCCAGAUCUUGAUGAUGGAACUGGUUGUCCUGCCUGCCAUGUGGCCAAAGAAGACAUUGAGGUUAAUGCGAAAGACCCUGCAACUGAUGGAAGUCAAAAAGUGUUGUCUGAAAAUAACCUAAUAUUUUCAUUUGAUGCCAACUUUGGCCUAUCACGAAAAAAGUCAUCUGGCAAAAGCCCUGGUGAGGCUUUCCACACAGGGCGUUACUUCCUGGACCAGACAGAAGUAGAUGAUUUUGUACAGAAUUAUGUCUGUCUCACAAAAAAGGAGGUGGGGACUGUAGUGACUUUCAGGCAGGAAGCUACAGGUCGAAAUCCAGAACAGAUAAGCUGGAUGAAACAGCUGUGUUUGGUUGUGCCUGUAGCAGGCACGAAUUCCCCCAUCGUUUCUUUCAGCCUAAAGCACGGUGAAAGGUUGUAA